AUGUGGGCACACGACAUUGAACCUGAUUGCUAUAACAGUGCUUGCAUUGAACCAGGACAGAAUAUUCUUGAUAAAAAUAAAGAGAAGCUUGGUGGAUAUAUAAUAUAUAAUUACUAUAAUCUAUUGCCUGAAAAAAAUUGGGAAGUAGAUUUGAAGAAUUUAGAGGAUCAAAUUGAUGACAAGACUUCUGCGUUAAUUCUCUUGAACCCUUCGAACCCUUGUGGUUCUGUGUAUACAGAGAAACAUUUGGAGGACAUAUUGCGUCUGUCAUUGAAAUACCGUUUACCCAUUAUAGCUGAUGAAAUAUAUGAAAAAUUUGUCAUAUUUGAAAAUAAAUUUACUUCGGUAGCGGCUCUAUCCAAGGAUGUGCCAAUACUUGUCUGCAGUGGACUUACCAAGCGGUUCUUAGUACCUGGAUGGCGAAUGGGCUGGUUAGUUAUUCAUGACAGACAAGAUAUUUUUAAUAAAGAGAUACGUAAAGGCUUGAGAAAUUUAGCAGGAAGAUUACUAGGACCGAACAAAUUAAUCCAACACGCUUUGCCAACAAUAUUGAAAUCUGUACCGCAAAGCUUUUUUGAUAGUGUGAUGUCGUUCAUUGAGAGUCAAGCCAAAUUAGCUUACGAAGAGCUAGGACAAGCGCCAGGUCUAAAUCCAAUUUUACCGCAAGGAGCGAUGUAUAUGAUGAUAGAAAUAAAAAUGUCCGUGUUUCCUCAGUUUAGAGAUGAAUUGGAAUUUAUUGAGCGCAUGUAUAGCGAGCAAUCUGUACUAUGUAUACCGGGCCAAUGCUUCCAAUUUCCUAAUUACAUGAGAAUUGUACUUACUGUGCCUGAACAUAUACUACGCGAGGCUUGUAUGAGGAUACAAAUUUUCUGUCGUGACCACGUAAUGCGGGAAAGCAAUAUUAAUUAAUAACUAUUUAUUGUGAAAUUAUUUAAUUAUACGUAAUUUUAAUUAAAAUUUGAUUAAAAUGUUA